CAGUCUUAAAUGUCGUUUUCAACUUUUUGUCUAGCCGUUUUCUUGUUUGGUUUUUCAACUGAUAUUUGAGACCGAUUUUUUUAGUUCAAGUGUUUAGACAAGACAUUUGUUUCAGUUAGUUGAAGGAUGGAGUGUCAAAAAGAAAAAUUCAUCGAUUUGCCUACAGUGAAUGCAAACAUUAUUAAGGAAAUUCCGUGGGCUGAAGAAAUGCGGAAUGUACUAGAAGAUGGUCUAAGUAAAACUUUUUUAUAUUGGUGUCAAAUGGUCCUAAAUAUGGGCGAAAACGAAGAAGUUGUAAAGUCAUGGGUGAGCAUUUUUAUAAAAACUUAUGAAGAAACCUGUUGUGAACUGGUUUCGGAUAUGGAGAGAGUCCAGAGUAAUGUUCUGUUAAAAAUUGAACAACUGCUAAAAGAAUUUGAACAAUUAUGUUAUACACUUCAAAUUAGUAUGCCAGUAUUAGGUGAUACCACCCAGAAACUUAGUUUACAUCAAGAACAGCAAGAGUUAAAGAAACACAUCAAUGAAUAUAAGAAACUAAUUGAAGUAAGACGCUGUGAACAAAAAAAGUUACAUGAGAAGCAAUUAGAAUUGUGCAAUAUGCUCGGAAAAGAACCAAAGAUUUUGAUGGACAAUCCUCUACCUUCUCCUGAAAAACUUGAAGAAUUUCAGCAACACAUUGAAAAGUUAGAAGCUGAAAAAUAUAAUAGGCUGGAGAAAUUUUGUACAGUAAAAGAAGAAUUACUUGAAAUUGUUAGUGAACUUAAUGUGGAACCUUCUUCUCAAUUUGAGAAGAAAGUCUUUUCAUCGGAUGAUUCAGUAUUUCUUGUUACCGACGAAAAUAUGAAACAACUCGAUCUUCUUCAUAAAAAUUUGACAAGACAGCAAAAAAAUGUCAAAGAAGAAAUUGUCCAUUUGCGCAACAAAAUUGAUGAUUAUUGGAAUCUACUCGAUAUUGACUUGAAGGAGAGAGAAGAUUUUCGGCAAAAACAUAUAGGUAAUUCUCUUGACGUUUUACGGGCAUUACAGAAGGAAAUUAAACGUUGCGAGGAACUGAAGAAAGCUAAUAUAAAGGUAUUUAUUGAUAAACUGCGUAAUGAAUUAAAACAGCUCUGGGAGAACUGUCACUGUAGUCAUACUACAAGAAUGCAGUUUGGAUUUUUCAAUUCAGACUGUUAUAAUGAAGAUCUUUUGGAACUACAUGAGGUGGAAAUAACAAAAUGGAAGAAGUAUUAUGAAGAAAAUAAGGAACUGUUGGCACUGCUGGAAAAACAUGCGGGUCUUUGGAAUAAAAUGGUGGGAUUAGAAGAAAAUGCCACAGGACCGAAUCGAUAUAAUAAUAGAGGGGGUCAGUUGCUGAAGGAAGAAAAAGAAAGAAACAAAUUGGCCAAACAGAUCCCACAAAUAGAAGAAAUGCUUUACAAUUUAGCGGAUAAAUAUAAACAGCACCAGAACGUUUCUUUUACUACUGAAGGAAUUUCCGUUCUUGAUUAUUUAUCUAACUUACACGAACAAAGGGAAAAUGCAAAAAAACAAAAACUGAGUGCACGAAAAAUGCAACGAGAACAAACUUUAACUCCAGCAAAAUCCGCUUUGAGUCUUUUUCCAUCAACAAGUCAUAUGAACUUAAGAUCUGGCACACCUCAAUCUACGACAAAAAGAAAGCAUGGUACUCCAAUGACAAAUGAAACAAAAAGACUUAAAGUUUUGAGCGAGAGAAAACCUCAAAAAGGCAACAAUACUCCAAUACCUACCAUUAAAAUUACAUCAAUCUCUAAACGUCUCUCUAUGGAACGAAAAAAACGUAUUAACAAAAUAAGACGAUUGAGUUCAAAAAAAGAAGCGAGUCAUUCUAAUGAAACUUUCACAGCAGAUUAUGGAAAAUUUCAGAAUGAAUUAUCAAAUAAAGAUGGUUGCCGAAGCACUAUAAUCCCAUCAGAGGUGUCAGCUUGUAUUCCAAUGUCAAGCAGGACAUUGCGUUGUAGAACUCCUACAGGCACCUUAAUUGCCACUCCAAAACCAUCAGGCCAAAAGACCCCUACAAAUGUGAGGCUUCGACCUAGAACACCGGAUGCUAAUAAUAAACUCAGCGCAGCAAAACCUAACAUUAAGCUAAUAUUUUAAACUAUUCUUUUUCACUGCAGCAUUUUCUCAAUGUUUUUAUAAUUUGACAAAUAUUAGAUGACAUUUCAAAAUUUAUUUAUGCGUAUUAGUUCUUCUUUCACGUACCUAUGUAACAAAUUUUAAUUUUUUUUUGUAACACAUUUUUUAUAACCUUUUAACAUUUAACAAAUAAUUUUGAAUGUUUUUGGUGUCUCGUAGUAUUUAAGUUAGUUUACACAUAUACUUUAAUUUUAAAACUAUAUAUGUAAUUUUGGGCGAGUUCUUAAUGCCAAUUUGUUUGAUCGCAGUUAAAUGCUUCGGUUAGUUAUUGAGGAGUAUUGUUUUCUAAAAUAUCUUGCAUUUGGGACUCGCCCAAAAAAUGUUUUUCAGUAUUUUAUAUAUUUUUUAUUUGUUGUGAAUUUAACUUGCUCUAUAUAUUUUUUAUUUAUAAACUAACAAAAGGCUUUAUUGUUACUUCACUGCGAUGAACAUUUUUUGGAAAUUAUAGCACGUUAAUAUGUUAAAAUAAAUAUUG